AUGCUGCGUGCCCUGUUCCGUCCGCCAUGCAGUGGAGCAGCACGGCACCGAGUUCGACUCGAGAUGAUGCUGGGCUUCGUACCGCUCGGAUGCGCAGUGCUGGCCUUUGUCUCUGUGCGGGCGGGUGACACUCCUCCCCGGUAUCAAGCUGUCUUCUUCCUGCACGUGAUCCUGUCCACGCUGCUCACCUUUUACGGCACAUGGCUCUGGUGGCAGAAUUGCCUGCCCUCUUUUGCCCACUUCUUAGAGGACCCGCGUCGCAGCAACGAUCUGCUGGAGUACUUCUUCUGCUGGCUGCCGCUGUUGACAUUGGCAUGCCCAAUGUUGAUCUGGGGCAGUGCUCAGGAUAUUGCCGACACGUCCAUACAGGUCCUGGGAGGUUUCAUGUACACUCCACUACUAGACGAGCCGUUUCAAUUGAUCCUGCUCUGGACAUGCCAUUCUUGCCUGUCCGCUGCCAGAAUCUGGCAUCUUAUUGGCCCAAGCAGAAGCCUUGACGUGCACUUGACACCUUUCCUGCAGAGGUGCUUCCUGAUGGAGUUCAUCCUCUUUGUGACGGUGCAGGUCCGUCUGCUGUAUCACAGCCAGAACCACACGCCUCUGACGCCAUCCAGCCUUGCAGAAUGUGAUCGAGUCGAAGAGCAGCGACUUGACACCUCGCAUCGUCCGCGACGGCGGAUCGUCAAGAUGAAGGUGGAGCACUUUGUUAGCGACGAGCGGAGCUGCGACGGACGCAGGAGGGCUCUCGAAGUCAUCGCGCGUCGGCAGCUGAGAAAGGAACAUCUCUUGGGCCAGUUCUUUUGGGCCUCCCAUGUCUAUGCGCAAAGGCAGAUGGACCCCCUUCUCUUGAGCUACAUUCUCUCAUUUCUCCACGACUCCGAGCUCACAUCGUACCUGGGGCUCUUUCGCGAUGAUAGGCAGUCACAGGUUUCCAGCAGCCACACUGCAAAGCACACCACCUCUUCUCCGUCCUCUGUUUCGGCCUUGCGCAUGCGCCUGCUGGCGAGUCCGCCGGCCUUGUUUGAGAGGCACUUGCCUGCAAAGCAGCCGGCUGCGGCAGAGCCUGCUCAGCCUCCUCCAUGGAGCCUCCUCAAUGUGUUCUGGGCUCUCAUUGGAGCUUCUUGCCUGCCCCUGGCCAGCUACUGCAAUCUUCGGUCAUGGCUUAUGGACCUUCAGCCCUACAUAAACCAGAAGGACAACUGA